GCUCGCCAACAUGGUGAGGCAGGGCUAUAAAAGGGAGCACUCAAGGUCUCAGUGCAACAUCGAGACCUCAGGGCAAACACCGACCACUGCCGCCACCUUCGCAUCAUCGAGCCUGCGUCACAACAAAUAUCCAAGAUGGGCAGGAUUGUCUUCUUUGAGGACAAAAACUUCCAGGGCCGCCGGUACGAGUGUGACAGCGACUGUUCCGACUUCCACACUUACUUGAGUCGCUGCAACUCCAUCCGUGUGGAGAGCGGCGCUUGGGUGGUAUACGAGAGGCCCAACUACCUGGGCUAUCAAUACGUCCUGAGCCGGGGUGAGUACCCCGAGUACCAGCGCUGGAUGGGCCUCAAUGACCGCCUGAGCUCCUGCAAGAUGGUCCACUUUACAAGCGGGGGCGUCUACAAGAUGCAGCUGUACGAGAAGGCCGAGUUUGGGGGCAAGGCUUGCGAGGCCACGGAGGACUGCCCCUCGCUCCUGGAAAAAUUCCGCUGGAGGGAGGUGAAUUCAUGCAAGGUCUUCGACGGCUGGUGGGUGUUCUACGAGCACCCCAACUACCGCGGCCGUCAGUACUUCCUGGAGAAGGGCGAGUACCACAAGCCCGGCGACUGGGGCGCGGCCAGUGCUGCGGUCCAAUCCUUCAGGCGCCUCACUGAAUGAGUCGCCGACCCAUGGCCACUCCCCACCCCACGCAAUCGACGCUAUGCUACGUGAUGAUGCGUGACAGGAAAUGAGAAGAUUUUCAACUGAGGUCGACAAAAUAAAAGCCUGUCCAGAAAGCAGACAAA